UGCCCCAUAGAGUAUAUUAAGUUGUACAUUUUAAAACUUAAGUUGAAGCCAAAAAUGUAAAGCUAUGGUUUGAGACACAUAGUAGAAGUGUAAACUAUGUGUUUAGUGUAAAGCAGUGUUAAAUUGCUCCCCAGGUCUCCCUAAAUUUCUGUCACAAAAAGGGCUACAGAUUUAUUGGUCUGUUGCGCGGAAGUCACCUCACAUCUGACGCGCUGCUUUCACUUCCUGAUGCUAUUCUGUGGUCUGCUGGACGCAUCUCAUUAGAUGUGUUGGGUGGUGGUGAGAACAUCUCAUCGAUUCAACUGCUGUACGAGACCACCAUGAUAUAAAAGAUGAGAGGGAACUUACUUGGACUGCUUUUACUUUUAAAAUAUUGCAUUGUGCAGAACUUUGAUGGAGACAUCAGGGACUUUGUAGUUGGUAACAGUAAAUUGUUUGUUCUUACUGACCGUCGACUACAUCAGAUGAGACACGAUCUAUCUCUGGAAAAGACUAAGGAUUUAAAUGCCACACAACCAAACGCAGUUACACUUCUGGUGCCUUUUGAGUCGAACAGGACCCUGAUUACAUGCGGAACAUCUAACGGUGGAUACUGUGAAGUUCUUGAUCUCAAUGAUAUUACAAACAGAAUUUACUGGGAACCCUUAACUACUGUACCACAGCUGAAUGAGAAAUAUAUAGCAUUCAUAGUGGACAGCAGCCUUAAUAACAGCCCUAAUGGUGCUUACCUGUUGGUUGGGAAGAAGGACUAUAUUCAAAAUGAUCAGUACCAUACUAUUGUCACUUUGUGGAGCACUUUACAUUCUCAACCAGGCACCAUAUUCUCUACAGUAGGUGAGGAUGCAGAUGCUUACAUUCAUACAACAAGAGAUGUGGAGUUUAUAGACGGGUUUCAGAUCAGUUUGCUCAAACUCUCGUAUCUGUUUCUCAACGCAAAGACUGAGUCUGGUUGGCAAGCGUUUGCCCUCAGACUGAAUAACGCCAAAGGAAAGAAGAAAGACAUUCUGAAGAGCAUAACUGGAACAAUGUUGGACUGCUGUAGGAAUGAAUCUCAUCCUGUCCUCAUCGCAUCAGCUCUUAUUUCUUCAGAUAAAGCUGUGAUCUGGACAGGUGUCUUUAGCAUGCAAAAUGAUCCAGAGAACACAGCACUUGCUGUUUACGAUCUCAGUAAUGUUAAUGGUAAAGUUAAAGAUUUCUGCUUCACCGGUGAGAGAUGUAGGUCUAGUUCACAGAUAGAUCCUAAACAUCAGCCAAUAGCAGAAGUUUUCAAAAAGUCAAUGAGUUCAGUAGCAGCAGUUAGGAGUGAAUCCUGGAUUGUGCUCUUCAUUGGAACCAAAGAUGGACAACUGAUAAAGGUUGUGUUGGAUGAUAGUUUUAGUCCAGGCUGUCCCACAGUGCUGUACAGAUCUGAUGAUGAUCAAAAAGUGCUUCCCAAGAUGCAUUUAGAUCCAGUAGAUAACAAACAUAUCUACAUAGCUCUGAAAAAACAGAUCAGAAGAGUGUCUGUGGUUCAGUGUGUUAAACACAACUCUUUGAGAGACUGCAGAGCUGCGCUGGAUCCUCUCUGUGGUUGGUGUGUUGAGACAUGCAGAUGCUCCACCCAGGAUGAAUGCUUGAUUUCCUCAUGGAUAUCCUUCCCAAAUAACUCCAUUCAGAAACCACUGCUGUCUUUUCAGGUGGCAGAGAAAUCCUCUAGAGAGAUGACUCUACAUCUCACAUUGAGCCUGGACAGCACACAAAAUCCUGCCGUCUUCUCAUGUACAUUCACCACAGGAGGUGUGAACCUUUGUAACGGAUCUGAUCCUGCUAUAAUUUUUCCAAACUGCUCCUGUGGUUUUUCAGACCAGCUACUGUCUAGCGGAGGUUUGGAGGUCUUUGUUGCAGUUACUGUUGAGGAUCAGAAGUUCACAGAGACCCUGAUGCUGAAGAACUGCUCCAGUAUUACAGAUAAUUCAUCAAUGGCUUCUUAUACACAGUGUCUGCAGUGCGUCUCAGCUGGAUGUCAUUGGUCCUCUUCUUUUAAGCGCUGUGAUUGGACACAGGGAUUUGAUGAACAGUUCCACACACCGGAUGCAUGUAAAGAUUUACAGACAGACUACAAAGAGCCAAAAAUUUUGUCUAUAGAGCCGAACAGAGUUUCUUUCCAUGGCAAAAACAAUGUUUUACUAACAGGAAGCAACCUGGAAUCUGUCACCAAAAUCCGUUUUCAACAGGAUCUGGACUGCAUUACAAAAGAGUUUCCUGUGUUUGAUCGUUCGAGUGACCGUCUAAAGUUCAACGUUCCUCCCAGUGAAACUAAAGGAACAAUAAAAGUAUGCGUUGUUACUGAGGAUGACCGUUGUUAUGGUAAAAGCAUCAUUACUUAUAAUUCCCAGCCCAGCUGCACAGGAAUACAACCCAAAGUCACCUGGAGAAGUGGAGGAAGGAAGAUUCAUGUACAGGGGAUCAAUAUGGAGUUUGUGGAAUCGAUCAUUAUCCGUCCUUCCAGUAAAGAGCUCAAAUCACAAUACAGCACAAACUCAAAGGAUUUAUGGUUUUACACCCACCCUUAUGAUGGCAGUGGUCUCAUUAAUUUGAUGUUGAAAGUUGGGAAUGUCACUUUAGACUGUGCCAGUUUGACCCACCAGCCUGAUCCAGAGUUCAUUGGAUUUACAACCACACAGAUGGACAAUAAUGUACUGGUGAUUAUAAAGAAAAAUGCAGAUAAGUUGAAUCUGAGUAUGAAUGAGGUGCAGGUGUCUGGUCUACAGGGCGAUGAUGAAUAUGAGUGUGUUUUAGUGAAGAUUGAUUCCAGUGCCAUUACAUGUACAAUUAAAGAGGACCUCCAAACAGUGGACUCUAUCACUAUAAAGGUUGGAAAAUCGUUUGUUUUCAGGAUGGGACAAAGCAGUACAAAGUCUUUGUUUUGUAUCAGACCACCGGAUACAUCUGGCUAAGCAUAAAGGGGCUAAAGUCUGUGAUUAUUUGGAAAAGCAUCAUUUUCAUGUAAAAACAUAAAAGACUAAAAUUUUUCAUUAACUUUUUUAAAAGUUUUAAAGGUCACGUACUUUCUGAUCCCAUUUUUCAAACCCUAGUUAGUGUGUAAUGUUGCAUGUUGCUAUAAUAGCAUAAAUAAUACCUGUAAAAUGAUAAGCUCACAGUUCACUGCCAGGUGAUAUAUUUUUUCUUUAACCGAAUUCACCUUUCAAAGCCUACAGCGAACGGGCGAUUUGGACUACAGCCCUCUACUUCCUGAUUUAAUGACGUAGAACAGUUUUUUGACUAAACUCCGCCCAUAGGAAUACGUCAGUCGCCAGCUAAGCUAACGGAUAGCUAAGCUGCUUUUGAAUCACAACACACUAAAUAAGCUACACAAUCAGAACUCAAUACGUAUUUCUGAUGGAGGGACUUCAUAGAACAAGGAAGACAUCAGCCCGUUUUUAGGACAGUAAAAACAGUGGUAUAUAAAGGGUAUGCAUUGACGUCACUUUUCCACGUGACCACGCCUGAGCAAGCCCUGUGGCAAACGUUCAACAAAAUGGCUGGUUUUCACAGCGGCUGCUGCAAAAAUGCCAGUAAAACUGACUAUUGUCAGCUUAAAUUGAAUUUAGUUGGACUUGAUAGCAGAGGUGGACAAUACUUACAUUAGUUACAUGUUCCAAGCAUCUGUGUUUUUUUAGGGUAUUUGUCUUGAGACAAAUUUUACUUUACUACAUUCUAAAGCUUGAAUCAUAGUGUAUUCUUUUAUAUUGCAGUCAGGGGCGUCAUGCACCAAUUUUUUUUAAGGGGGCACAGUGUGCACAGCUUACAGAAAUGUGUGCAUACCUAUUUUUUUUACGGUCUAUGGUGCAUACACGGACAGCAAACGAAAUAUUAUAGAGCUUUCAGUCUUUUCCAUGGCUUUAUUUUGAGCCUUCCUGCCUUCAUGACAAAAACCUCCAAAAUAAAAGUGUUGACUAACUUUCAUAUCAAAUACUAUUCAAUCGGAAUAAUGACACAUUGGCAUCAUAUUUACAUCUGGAACGGCAUGUUUUGUUUAUUUACGUUUUGUUUAAUGACUUGCUUUAUUGUGUCUAUGCAGUUGAUGUAUAAAAAUGCAUUAUCCUAUAAAAUUAAUGUAAUUUUAAAUCCAUAAAGUUUAUAAACAAUGAAAAUUACAUAAGCUAUAGCCACGUGAUUGAGUUUAAUGUUCAAUAAUGAUUCAAAAAAUGUUUAGAUAAAAAUUAUAUUAGAGGAACGGAUAUUUGCAUUCAACUUUACCUCAUAUGUGAACGUGUGAUUCCGCGUCCCCGUGAACUCUGGCGAACUUCCCUUACGAAA